AUGAAGAUUGCUAUUACUGGCGCACGGGGCACGGUUGGGAGAACUGCAGUCAAGGUCUGUUCUGCUGCUGGCCACCGUACUGUUCAGAUCAACCGCACCGAGCAAGAAUACGAUGGCACGGCACAGUCUGAAAUGAAAACAGCCGAUGUAGCCAACGACUACAAUGCCACGGUUGAAGCGUUUAAAGGCUGCGACGCUGUCAUCCACCUUGCCGCUCUGCCUGAUCCAGUCGGCAAGCCUGAUUGGAAAGUCCACAACAACAACGUCAACUCUUCAUUCAACGGGUUCCAUGCGGCCGGUAGCUUGGGCAUUAAAAGGGUGUGUUACGCGUCAUCCGUCAAUGCAGUUGGGCUCGCGUUCUCGAACCGGCCGCUGCAUUUCGAUUACUUUCCAAUUGACGAAGAUGCGCCCCAGCGGCCAACGGACUCGUACGCAUUGGCCAAAGAAGAAGCCGAAUCCCAAGCUCGAUCUUUUGUCGAAUGGUUUCCUGGGAUGAACAUUGCUUGUCUGCGUAUCCACGAAGUGGCGCCGCUGAAAAGUGUUCAGAAAGAGCACAGAGAGCGCUGGGAACAAUCGGCUGUCCGGCAACUGUGGGGCUGGGUCAAUCCAGAAGCAGUCGCAAGGGCCUCUCUUCUUGCUGUUGAGAAGGCUGACAAUCUAGGUGGUUGUCAGGUAUUGAACAUUGUCGCGCCAACAACUACGCAGGACACUCCAUCGGACGGUCUGGCAAGAAAGUACUAUCCCAAGACGCAAAUCAGACGCGACAUGUCUGGGAACCGGGGAUUCUGGACGACUGAGAAGGCUUGUAAACUCUUGGGAUGGACACAUUAUGAAAAGGAAUGA